UCAUCUGUUCUCCAUGUGACACCCAGGGAGCUAGGGCUCAGGAAGGGCCUGAGCUGGAGAGGGAAGAAUGGAGGGUCAUCAGCUUAUCACUGGUAGCAGAAGCCACACAGGAGAAGGUCAUAGAUCUGCACAGAAGCUACAAAACAAAGACAAGUUCUCCCACGAUGUCAUACAGACGAGAACUAGAGAAAUAUCGUGACCUGGAUGAAGAUAAAAUCCUUGGAGCCCUAACAGAGGAAGAGCUCAGGACCCUGGAAAAUGAGCUGGAUGAGCUGGACCCUGAUAAUGCAUUGCUGCCUGCAGGCCUGAGGCAGAAGGAUCAGACCACCAAGGCGCCCACGGGCCCCUUUAAAAGAGAGGAGCUCUUGGAUCACUUGGAAAAGCAAGCAAAGGAGUUUAAGGACCGAGAAGAUCUGGUCCCCUACACAGGGGAAAAACGAGGAAAGGUCUGGGUCCCCAAGCAGAAGCCAAUGGAUCCCGUGCUGGAGAGUGUGACGCUGGAGCCGGAGUUGGAGGAGGCCUUGGCAAACGCCUCUGAUGCAGAACUCUGCGACAUCGCAGCUAUCCUAGGCAUGCACACCCUCAUGAGCAACCAGCAGUACUACCAGGCUCUGGGCAGCAGCUCCAUCGUGAACAAGGAGGGACUCAACAGUGUGAUCAAACCUACACAAUACAAACCUGUGCCAGAUGAAGAACCAAAUGCAACAGAUGUAGAAGAAACGCUGGAGCGGGUCAAGAACAACGACCCAAAACUUGAAGAGGUUAACCUCAAUAACAUCCGGAAUAUCCCCAUACCCACCCUCAAGGCGUACGCAGAAGCGCUGAAAGAGAACUCAUAUGUGAAGAAGUUCAGCAUUGUCGGGACGAGGAGCAAUGACCCUGUGGCGUAUGCCCUUGCUGAGAUGCUCAAGGUGAACAAGGUGAUGAAGACGCUGAAUGUGGAAUCCAACUUCAUUUCUGGAGCCGGGAUCCUGAGACUGGUAGAAGCCCUUCCACACAACACAUCUCUUGUGGAGCUAAAAAUUGAUAACCAGAGCCAGCCCCUGGGCAACAAAGUGGAAAUGGAGAUCGUGAGCAUGUUGGAAAAAAACGCAACGCUUCUCAAAUUCGGCUACCACUUCACCCAGCAGGGGCCCCGGCUGCGGGCGUCCAAUGCAAUGAUGAACAACAACGACCUUGUGAGGAAGAGGAGGCUCGCAGACUUGACUGGGCCCAUCAUUCCCAAGUGCAGGAGUGGCGUCUAGUGUAUGGAGGCGAAGCCCACGCCUUUGAACUGGACACGUUCUACCGAUCAUCUGUGCUCUGCCGGGAAAACCAGAAGGCAUAAUGCCGGCACAAAAUCCUUUUGUGGUUCAGUUCUUUAUGCACUAAGGUUUUAGGCUAACUAGUGGCUGUAGUGGAAAUUUUUCUAAAAUAUGGUUAAUGUGAAGUUUUUCUUUAGUCACAGAAGUUCAGUCUAGUUAUUAUUUAAAAACUAAGAAGCUCUCGAACUGGCAGAUCUUACGGAAGAUGGAGUUACACUAGCAGUGACUUAACCCCAGGAGCCCAAGUUCGGUGGCCUUUCUCUGCAGCGUUUCAGGUGUGUAAUACAUGAACAAACAGCACACUCUUCCACAGGGUUCUAGAAGCCUUAUACUUUAUUACAAAUUGAUCUUAGCGAUUUGGCAAAUAGAAAUAUCAUUUUUUUAUUAACCCUCCUUUAAGAAAAAUCCUUUAAUUCAAGAUUAAAGUUGCCAACUUGAAUAAUGGAUCAAGAACACAGUUUUUCCCUUUAA